AUGGCAGCAGCACCUGGACCACAAGACGCUUUUCCCAGACGUCGCAGGAACAGCAUCGAACUUCUGCCACCCUACAUGUUUGUGUUUGCUGUCGUUUCAGUGUCUGAGCUCAGAGCUGUCCUGCUGGGGAACAGCUGGUCUGAGAGGAGCUCAGUGGGGAACUUUAUACUGGGAGAGAACAAGUUCAACCCUGAGGAAGAACUGGACCGAUGUGUGAGAGUCAGUGGACACAUUCAAGGGAAAGAAAUAUUUCUCAUCAACACUCCAGAUCUGCUUCAUCCAAACAUCUCAGAGGAGAAAUUAAAGGAACAUGUGACCAACUGUGUGAGGCUCUCUGAUCCUGGACCUCAUGUGUUCCUGCUGGUUCUACAGCCUGAAGACAUCACCGAGCAUCAAAAACGAGACUCUGCAGAGAUUUUCUCCAGACAGACAAGUUUUCCAUGGAGAGUGGAGAGGAAACCUUUAACAGUAGUGAAAACUCCCGACUUCUUAAGUCCGUCUCUGAAAGCAGCGAGAGAAGAGAUGAAGAGCUGUGUGAGUCUCUGUCCUCCUGGACCAAAUGUUCUGCUGCUGAUGGUGAAACCUUCUGAUUUCACUAUGCAGAGCAGAAAAACUCUCAGUUUGACCCUGAGUGUGUUUAAUGGAGAUGCCUUUAAACACUCAAUGGUCAUCAUCACAGAUGAGGAGGAGAUGCGUUUUUCUGUUAAUUUUCUCCUUAGAGAUUGUGAAGGUAGACACUACAACAUGUUUGAAAAUGAUCACAGACAGUUGAUGGAGAAGAUUGAGAACAUCGUGCAUGAGAACAAAGGAAAAUUCCUCACAGUCACUGAAGAGACCAUCAGACCAAAGUCUGAAGACAUAAAAGAACCACCUGAAAAGAUCAGAAGAAUAAAAUCUGAACUCAUCAAACCAUCUUUAAACCUGGUUCUGUGUGGGAGGAGAGGAGCAGGGAAGACGUCAGCAGCCAAGGCCAUUUUAGGUCAGACUGAGCUUCAUUCAGCCUCCAACUCAUCAGAGUGUGUUAAACAUCAGGGAGAGGUGUGUGGACGUUGGCUUUCCCUGGUGGAGCUGCCUGCCUUGUAUGGAAAACCUCAGGAGGCAGUGAUGGAGGAAUCACUCAGGUGUAUCUCCCUCUGUGAUCCUGAGGGUGUCCAUGCCUUCAUCCUGGUCCUACCUGUGGCUCCCCUCACUGAUGAAGACAAGAGAGAGUUAGAGACCAUCCAGGACACAUUCAGCUCUCGGGUCAAUGACUUCACCAUGAUUCUGUUCACCGUGGACUCAGAUCCUACAGAUCCAGCUGUUGGUAACUUUGUAAGCAAAGACCCAAAUAUCCAGGAGGUCUGUCAACGUUAUGGACAAAGGCCUGUUAUUGUUAACAUCAAGGAUAAAGAGCAGAUCCACACGUUGUUGGACACUGUGGAUCAGAUGAGAUGUACAAACAAACCAUGCUGCUACACAGCUGUAACAUUUGCCCGAGCCCAGAUUGAUCUGAUAACUAAAAAUAUGGUCACUCGUGAUGAAGAGAUGCACAACACGGAGCCUCUCAGGAUUGUGCUGAUAGGAAAGACCGGCAAUGGAAAGAGCUCAUCAGGAAACACCAUCCUAGGAGGGAGAGAGUUUAAAGCCAUGGCAAAUCAAAAAUCAGUCACCAAACAGUGUCAGAAAGAACAGGGUGAGGUGGACGGCCGUCCUGUUGUUGUGGUCGACACUCCUGGUCUGUUUGACACAGCUCUGUCACAUGAAGAAGUUCAGGAGGAGAUGAUGAAAUGCAUCAGUCUUCUGGCUCCAGGACCACACGUCUUCCUGCUGGUGUUAAGUAUUGGUCGUCUCACACCAGAGGAGAAGAAGACAUUAAAACUUAUAAAGGAAGGUUUUGGGCUGAAUUCAGAAAAGUUCACCAUCAUUCUUUUCACUGGAGGAGAUUCACUACAACGUGACGAAAUAUCCACUGAAGAUUAUAUUGAAAGCGGAUGUGAUGAUUCCUUUAAGAAGCUGAUUGCUGACUGUGCAGGAAGAUACCAUGUUUUCAAUAAUGUAGAUAAAGAGAACCGCCAACAAGUCAGUGAGCUGAUAACAAAGAUUGACACCAUGGUGAAGGAAAACGGGGGAAACUGUUUCACCAAUGAAAUGUUACAAGAAGCUGAAGCAGCAAUAAAGAAGGAAAUGCAGAGGAUCCUAAAGGAGAAGGAAGAAGCGAUGAAGAGAGAGAGAGAGGAGCUAGAAAGAAAACAUGAAGAAGAAAAGGACGCCAUCAAAACAAGAAUGGAAGAAGAGAAGGAAAAAGUACAACAUGAAAAAGACCAGAAACUCAAGGAGAUGGAAGAAAAUAUGAAAAAGGAGCGUGAGGAGAGAAAGAAAGAACAGGAAAUGAGAGAAAAAGAGAACAGGAAACGGGAAGAGGAGGAAGAAAGACGUAGGCAGGAUUUUAUAAUGCAACUUGAAAUGUUGGACAGACAAAUUCAGUCAGAAAAAGAGGAAAAGAAAAGGAUUGACAAAAAGCUGGAAGAGAGCAGAGAAGAAAUGAAAAGAAAACAGGAAGCCUGGGACAAAGAACAAAGAGAAGAAAGAGAGAAACAAAAAGAAGAAGAAGAACAGAGACGACAGGAGGAAGAAAAACGACUGAAAGAAGAGAAAGAUAAAAUACAACAGGAAGCAGAGCUGAAAAUCAAAGAGAUGGAAGAAAAUAUGAAAAAGGAGUAUGAAGAGAAGAGAAAGAAAGAACAGGAAACAAGAGAAAAAGAGAACAGGAAACGGGAAGAGAAAGAAGAAAGAUGUAGGCUGGAUUUUAAAAUGAAGCUUGAAAAGUUGGACAAACAAAUUCAGUCAGAAAAAGAGGAAAAGAAAAAGAUUGAUGAAAAGCUGGAAGAGAGCAGAGACGAGAUGAAAAGAAAACAGGAAAGCUCAGCUGGAUAA